ACUCGGAAAUCAGCUUCUUCCUCGGCUGCCUUCAAACAUGGCGGAGGUCAGGUUGUGUUUUGGAAGGAGAGUCUGCCACUUUGCGCAUAAAACACGUAACCGUAACCUGUUGGGAAGUCAGAAGAAGCUAAGUAAAUAUGCAAGAGAGGCGUCUCGUCUGUCGGUGGGGUUUCUUUUGGGUGAUACUCAAUACAACCGACUGUACGGAGCGGAAGACGCCGCGGACGCGCUGACCGCGGAACUUUGUCAGCGCGUCGACGCAGGAGGACCUUCACGGUGUGACUCUGUCACUUUUAAAACGCAUUCGCUUCUUGCUGCUAAUCGUUGGGGCACUUCUCCCAGCCCCCGUUUGUUUUGGAGACAUGCUUGGAUUGAUCAGAAUGUCAGAGCUUACAGCGGCAACGGAACCGGAGCGGAGCCUCUUUACAAAAGCAAAACGGGCUAUUAUGAAGUGUUAGAGGUACCGCCCACUGCCACUCAGGCCCAGAUAAAAACCGCCUACUACAAGCAGUCCUUCAUCUACCACCCAGACCGAAACUCCGGCAGCGACCAGGCCACCACCCGCUUCUCUGAAAUCAGCGAGGCCUACACGGUGCUGGGGAGCAAGGCCCUGAGGAAGAAGUACGACCGGGGUCUGCUGUGUCUGUCAGACCUCACCGCCGCAAACAGACCCUCCGGCCGGGACUCCACCGGGGGCCCCGUGAGGCAGCCCGGGGGCAGCGGAUCUGUGGCGGGCCAACAUGUCCGGCGAGGCUCCUUUGACUUCGACACGUUUUACAAGUCCCACUACAGCGAGCAGCUGCAGAGAGAAAGAGACAUCCGAGUCCGCAAGGAGGAGAUGAUGAAGAGGAAAAAGAAGUCGAUGGCUUAAAGGUUGGCUGACAUUCUGCUACUGAAGGGAAGCGGAGGCUGAUGAGGAAGAAUGUAAUGCAAGCUAGAAACGCUGGAUGGAGACGGAUCUCAGUUGGAGCCCCGAACGCUUUAACAUCACUUUCAUCCGCCUUUUUCAAGGUGACACUGUGCAAUAUUGCAAUUUGUAAUGCAAAUACUAUUUCAGGAACAAUCGUUGCUCGGCUGUACGUCAACCAAUGUUAUGGUUAAACUCUUCUGGCUUUUAUACAGCAGAUUUUUGAAAUAAGUGAAGCAAGCUUCAAAGAUGGUUUAUUGCUAUUUAUGGCAAAUUUGUAGCAAUGUACUUUACCUUUAUACUCCUACCACAGUUAAUUUAAACAACAUGCCUUGGACAAUAUUUUUUGUAAAGGUCAGUGGUUACAUUGUCCACAUAUUUGACAAAUAAAUGCUUUAUGCAUCAGUGAAAUUCA